GCUGAGAGAGCAGUGAGCAGCUGAGUGAUUCUCCUCCAUCUCUGUCUGUGUCUCUCACUAAAGAAAAAGAAAAAUGAGGAUGCGUGUUCAGCUCGUGGCGUGCACGUGCCUCCUGUUCUUGCUCGUCGCGCCGUCGCUGUGCAGUGCGCGCGCUCCCGGGUGCCCAGAUAGCUGCGACAAGUCGGCGUGUCCGCCGAUUCCUGCCGACUGCCUAUCCGGGGACGCGCUUGACCACUGCAACUGCUGUCCCGUGUGCGCAACGGGCGAGGGCGAGCGGUGCAACAUCCAGAGUGACUGCGCCGAUGGACUGCGCUGCUCCGUGACCGACGGCGUGGCCUACAGCGCCACCGUGCGAAGGCGCGCGAAGAGCGGCGUGUGCACGUGCGAGAGCACCGAGCCGGCGUGCGGCAGCGAUGGCGUGACCUACCGCAACGUGUGCGAGCUGCGCACGGCGAGCGGGAGCGCGCAGCGUCAGAACCAACCACCGGUCAUCGUCGUGCAGAGGGGCGCGUGCGGCAAAGGUCAUGAUGGGAAUCCUGACAGCCUGCGGCACAGAUACAACUUCAUCGCGGAUGUGGUGGAGAAAAUCGCACCCGCCGUCGUCCACAUUGAACUCUACCGCAAGAUGGUGUUCACUAAGCGGGAGUUGGCGGUGGCCAGCGGCUCGGGCUUCAUCGUGUCCGAAGACGGUCUGAUCGUCACCAACGCUCACGUGGUGGCCAACAAACACCGAGUCAAAGUGGAGCUGAAGUCAGGAGCCACAUACGACGCCAAGAUCAAAGACGUGGAUGAGAAAGCCGACAUCGCCCUCAUCAAGAUCGACACGCCUAACAAGCUUCCAGUGCUGUUGCUGGGCAGCUCAGCUGAUCUGAGGCCUGGUGAGUUUGUGGUCGCCAUCGGAAGCCCCUUCUCCCUCCAGAACACUGUGACGACGGGAAUCGUCAGCACCACUCAGCGUGGUGGCAAGGAGCUUGGCCUCCGCAACUCAGACAUGGACUAUAUCCAGACGGACGCUAUCAUCAACUAUGGAAAUUCAGGAGGACCUCUGGUGAACCUGGAUGGAGAGGUGAUAGGAAUUAAUACUCUGAAGGUGACCGCGGGGAUCUCCUUCGCCAUUCCUUCUGACAAGAUCCGCCAGUUCCUUACUGAAUCUCAUGAUCGACAGGCCAAAGGAAAAACCACCACGAAAAAGAAGUAUAUCGGCGUGAGAAUGAUGAGCCUCACCCCAACUCUUGCGAAGGAGUUGAAGGGUAGAACGACUGAUUUCCCUGACGUCACUUCCGGGGCGUAUGUCAUCGAGGUCAUUCCCAAAACUCCAGCAGAAAGCGGAGGCCUGCAGGAAAGUGACGUCAUCAUCAGCAUAAACGGGCAGCGGAUCACAUCAGCCAGCGACGUCAGUGACGCCAUCAAAAAAGACAACACACUCCGCAUGGUGGUCCGACGAGGCAACGAGGACGUCAUCCUCACCAUCAUGCCUGAGGAGAUUGACCCUUGACCUCUCGUCACGCCACGUCAUGACCCCCUGCUCUACUUUCGAGCUGGUUCUUAGCUAUAAAACGAAAGAACACAGACAUUUCAUGGAGUGUGUAUCUGGAGCCAUGCUCAUUUUGUUUUUUAGUCAUUGUUUUAUUUUUAUCUUUUUCUUUCUUAUGAAAUCCCACAAUAUUUAAACUUUUUUGCUGAAAUGUUUACUCUUGUUUUUGUGUCUCGCUUCAGAAGCGUCAAAUCUGCAGUCUGCCAUUACUCAGUGCUUCUGUGUUUCAGUUUUUUGUCUUUAUUCUCCUUUAUUACUCUUCACAAACAGAAUAUCAGCAGGAUUGAGUCUUAUAUCCCAUGUAUAUCACAAGAGUUAAAGCUACUUCAUUCCAGAAUAGUUCGAAUUUUUGGUGUAGAUCCUUGCACAUUAACGACGUUAUGGUUUCAGUGUUCAUGUUUAUUCGGGUUUUAGAAACAGAAUAACGGACUCACAUCAUGUUGUUAAUGUGUUUAUGAACUUGUACAGAACUACAGAGUUGAUCUCUUAGCAGACUAACAGGAAACAUUAAGAAAUAAAACAUCUUGGUUCUUGGA